AUGGCGGCCUCGUUCCAGGAUGCCUGGCAGAGAGCGCUGAAUAUCGAACGCGAACUCACGCGCUGCCUCAACGAUAAGGAACCAACCUUCGCAGAGAUCUCGCACUUCUUGAAUGAGUAUCGGUCCGUAUGCCAAAGUGCUAUCCUCCUCGAUUUUGAUGCCGCCCGGGAAACUGACGUGGAGGGCCGAUUAUGGGAUGCCCAUUUGAAGCUCAACAUUCGGUUUCGCAAGCAGCUUUCUCGCUACCGCGAAGAAAAUGCGAAAAGAAAACCGGUCGAGAAACGAAAGCUAGAACGGCACUAUCUGGAUUUUAUCAAAACGAGCCAACGCUUUUACCGCGGCUAUAUCCAGCACCUAUCGUCCCACUUUGGAGGGAUUGUGGAACUGGAGAAAGUCGCGCGCAAAUUCAGCUUCGAGAAUCUGGCCGCGCAGCCCUCCACGACUCCAUCACCGGAUCUACGCAAGCGAAUUCUCCUAUCAUGCCACUCAACUCUGAUCCGACUGGGCGAUCUCUCCCGUUACCGCGAAACAGAGCUAGUCAUCAAAGAUCGCAAUUGGGGGCCUGCUAUUGGAUACUAUGAUUUGGCGGCUGUGAUAUACCCGGCGUCUGGUGCAUCGCAUAAUCAACAAGCGGUUAUCGCCCUUGCUGAUGGGAACCAUUUCCGGGCUACGUACCACCUCUAUCGCGCUUUAUCUGCGCAGGAGCCCCAUCCCUCAGCCAAGGGAAACUUGGAAAUUGAAUUUCGCAAAGUCAUGAGCGCAUGGGCCAAACGGGAGCUGAUUCGUCCCGAAGAUGCUGGGAUCCCUGGGAGAGCUCUGGCUCCGUGGUUUGUCUACCUCCACGCGCAAUGUUACAAGGGCAAUGAUUUCCCCGAGCACGAUGAGCUGGAAAGUGAGGUCAUGAGUCAACUUGCCGUUGAUAUCAGAGAAAGAUCUCUGGAAGGCAUGCUCACAAAGUUUUGCCUCGUCAAUGUCGCUGCGGAAGCCUUCGCUCGAGUCCGUUCAGCCAAGGAGUCGGUCUCCAAUGCAUGCGUCUUCUUCCAGCGUAUCAAUGUCAAAACCUUCUUCACCCUGCUGCAAAUCCUUUUGGUUGAACUGGAGCGCUUCGCCGGAGAGGAUCCGAAUAACAAAGACGCCAACGGGUAUCCGGACAAGGUGACGGUCGUCGCUCGUCGAAUUCUGCCUGCUCUUCGUCAUUACAGCUCCUGGCUGCUGACUACCAGCGGCCUGUUAGUUGCAGAGAAAGAAGAGAAAGACUCGGCUCUCGCUAUUCAAAUUCAGGAAUUCUGGAAGAUAUACGCGGGUACUUUGACGCUUCUAGCCUCGACUUUCGAUAUUUUGCAUCUUCCGGAAGUCGAUUAUCUUCUUGAAGAAGACGAGGAAAGUUUGGGAUUUGCACCUCUUGAUCAAGAGGCAACCGUUCGGCGAUACUUCUCUUCUGACGAGAAGCUGAAGCCUCGCAUGGAUGAUCCUGAGGUGGAACGGAAUCACCCAAACAUGGAGAUGCUCUAUCGAAUCCGCGAGUUUGUGAUUGAUGGCCUUGAUCUGGUCGUCAGCAACAAGAUUCCCGUUGUACUUGUGGAUGAUGAAGACAAAAAGAUAUUCAUCUAUCAAGAGGACGGGCUGCCGACUCAGAUCUUCUCCAGUCCUCAUAUCCGACAGGACACGCUCUCAGUCGCAAAUAUCGGAAGGGAAGACUUCCCGCCAGUGAGCCAAGAACCGGCUUCGACUGGUGAAAAUUGCAGUGUCUUUGAUGGCUCCCAGUCUGCAUCUGCGUCCAUGUCCGCAAAUAUGAAUCGCAUUGUGGAAGGUGUUGAGCGGCUGGUCGAAUCGGAUACAUACGAAAAUCCACCCAGCAUCCCCGACCAAUUCGCGUUCCUGAAUGACACCGGCGAUAUACCCACACCUUCUGCCCAGAUUCGGCGGAGCCCUCAGGAUUAUUCCUACCCUGAAGAGAGCAUCAACCCGCGUAGUACUCCCGUGGCUCCCCCUGGGCUGGGACCGCCCUCCAUGGCCGCGGCAGAAUCAUUGCGCAUGACGCUUUCCCAAUCAUACAGCCCAAUGCCAACUCUGCCCAGCAUCCCCAACAUCCCCAACAUCCCCAACAUCUGGAAUACCUCUUCGCCUAAUCCAUUGAGGGAUAUUACCUCACCCAGAACCCCACCCGGUCUGGGUCCCAAGCCUCCAUUGCCCUCCACGAGCGGUGUCAAUCUGCGUGGGCCUGAUCUAUCUCCAUCCCAAGGACAGAUUCCUAACGAGCCCAUACGGCAUAGCUUGAUGGGCCAGACUCCUCUCGCGAACUCGUUUGAUCCAAAUGUCACCCCUCCCCCUUGGAUGUACUCUUCGAACUCGUCUGCCAUGCAGCCUCCACCUGCUCACUCAUGGGAUCGUGAUCAGCUCAAUCGAUUUAGUUACACUUCUCACGAGGCCUCUGGCCAACCGAUGUCGAGUGCUGUGCCAAACCAAACAUGGGCCAACGAUGCUUUCAUUGCAAGCAGCGUGGCAUCGGGUGUGGCAAAGCACCCCCCUGGACUUGGACCUCGCAAGGCUUCUCACCUUGGCGCAAUUGGACAGACGCCCCCUUGUGGACAAGGCGGUUGA